GGUCCUUCCACCGUCAACACCGGAACAACACGUGAACAGGGUCAGAGGUCAGGAUGGGUCGCUCCUCCAAAGACAAGCGGGACAUUUACUACCGUCUGGCCAAAGAGGAGGGCUGGAGAGCGAGGAGUGCCUUCAAGCUGCUGCAGCUCGACCACGAGUUCAACCUGUUCACAGGUGUGAACAGAGCCGUUGAUCUGUGUGCAGCUCCUGGCAGCUGGAGUCAAGUCCUCAGUCGGAAACUCAGAGCUCAGGAGGAGAAGGGCGACGCCGGUGAGGAGGUGAAGAUCGUGGCGGUGGACCUGCAGGCCAUGGCUCCUCUACCAGGAGUCACUCAGAUCCAGGGAGACAUCACUAAGGUGUCGACGGCUCAGGAGAUCAUCCGUCACUUUGAGGGUCAGCCGGCCGACCUGGUGGUGUGUGACGGAGCUCCAGACGUAACCGGGCUCCACGACGUGGACGAGUACAUCCAGGCUCAGCUCCUGUUGGCCGCUCUGAACAUCACAACUCACGUCCUGAAACCUGGAGGGACGUUUGUGGCCAAGAUCUUCAGAGGUAAAGACGUGACUCUGCUGUACUCUCAGCUGAAGAUCUUCUUCAGUGGUGUGACCUGCGCCAAGCCUCGCAGCAGCAGGAACUCCAGCAUAGAGGCCUUCGUAGUGUGCCAGAAUUACUCUCCUCCUGACGGUUACGUCCCCAACAUGUCCAACCCUCUGCUGGAUCACUCCUACGAUGUGGACUUUAACCAGUUGGAGGGUCCCAACCGUGUCAUCGUUCCCUUCCUGGCGUGCGGUGACCUCAGUGCCUUCGACUCGGACAGGACCUACCCUCUGCAGCUGGAUGCUGGUAAACAGUACCAGUACACCCCCCCCACCCAGCCGCCGAUACGCCCCCCCUACCAGCAGGCCUGCCACCUGCGCAAGAACAACCUGCUGUCCAGAGAAGACGCUCCGUCCAACCAGAGUCAAGAGGAGGCAGAGGCAGCGGCCGAAUCCACCUGAGACGAGUUAAAGGAACAGUCCAGCAUUUUGGUGUGCUUAGCUUAGCUUAGCACGAAGACUGGAAGCAGGGGGAAACUGCUAGCCUUUUCCUUAAUCCACCUUUGUGCUAAGCUAGGCUAAACACACCACACUGUACCAGAUAUUUUUACUAUUCUGAUUUCAUGUUUUUUAUUUGUGGCAGAUCCUUCCGUUCAUUAGGCUUGAGGAAUUGUAAACAUUUUAUAUUUUAAAAAUAAAAGUCAUCUCUUAGAGGCAAACCGUCAAAUGUGGUUUACGUGAUUUGUAUUUUAAGAGUGAAUAAACUGUUAUAUUUUUGUCUCCAAGCAAUUUUG